CACACUCCCGCUACUAAAGCUGCAGUGCUUUUUCUCUCCCUCGGUCGCUCCACUGAAUGCAGGAAACAGAAAGCUAAACAGAUGCUUAAAGUUUCGUUUCUCAUUCAAGCCAACCACCCCAUUUUAUAUUGUCAACACUCCUAUCUCUUUCUCUAUGGAUGUGUUAUACCAGAGUGCAUUGCUGUUAAGAGCUUGAGUGUAUACAUGUAGUAAACAGGGGCAUAAAUAUAAGAUUAAGACAGAACUUGCAGAGUACACAAAGUGGAAAUCGCAAUCAUUGUCUCCAAGUAUGAACUCCCUACCGGCAUACUCGGGAGCUAGAAUAUCUGGCUGUUGGACUCUAAGAUCUGAUGGCAGUGGAAGUGGUGAGGGAUCACUGGACAGGCUUCUACCCUCAGUAAGCACGGGCCUUUCACCUAGAAAAAGGACCACCAGCCAGUGUAAGUCUGAGCCUCCUCUCCUACGCACCUCCAAGAGAACCAUAUACACCGCGGGACGCCCACCCUGGUACAAUGAACAUGGAGCACAGUCCAAAGAGGCCUUCGUCAUCGGCCUGUGUGGCGGCAGCGCCUCGGGAAAGACCACCGUCGCCAGGAAAAUCAUCGAAGCUCUGGAUGUUCCGUGGGUUGUUCUACUGUCAAUGGACUCAUUUUACAAGGUCCUGUCUCCAGAACAGCAGACUCGGGCUGCCAGCAACGACUAUAACUUUGACCACCCUGAUGCCUUUGACUUUGAUUUGCUGACAUACACCUUGCGCAAACUCAAACAGGGCAAGAGCGUGAAAAUCCCUGUGUAUGACUUCACAACUCAUGGGAGACAGAAGGAGUGGAAAACGGUGUAUGGAGCCAGUGUUAUCAUCUUUGAAGGAAUCAUGGCCUUUGCAGAUAAAGAGCUCUUGAAGUUGCUAGAUAUGAAGAUUUUUGUGGACACCGACUCUGACAUACGGCUGGUGCGUCGACUCAGGAGGGACAUUACAGAAAGGGGCCGAGAAAUUGAGGGCGUCAUCAAGCAGUACAACAAGUUUGUCAAGCCGGCAUUUGAGCAGUACAUUGAGCCCACCAUGCGCCUGGCUGAUAUUGUAGUGCCACGUGGUGGUGGCAACAUGGUGGCCAUUGAUUUGAUUGUGCAGCAUGUUCACAGUCAGCUGGAGGAGAGGAAACUUCGCUGGGAUAUGGCAGCCCUGGCUUCUGCACACCAGGCCCAACCCCUCCCCCAGACCCUCAGCGUCCUGGACAGCACGCCCCAGGUCAGGGGCAUGCACACCAUCAUCAGAAACAAGGAAACCAGCCGUGAUGAGUUCAUCUUCUACUCCAAGAGGCUGAUGCGUCUGUUAAUCGAGCGGGCGCUCGCCUUCCUCCCCUCACAGGUCCAUGUAGUCCAGACCCCCCAAGGAGAGGAUUAUGAAGGCAGGACUUUCCAAGGGAAGCAGAUCACAGGUGUGUCCAUCCUGCGAGCCGGGGAGACCAUGGAGCCAGCGCUGAGGGCUGUCUGCAAAGACGUCCGCAUCGGCAAGAUCCUCAUCCAGACCAAUCAGGACACAGGAGAACCAGAGCUUCAUUACCUGCGUCUACCGAAAGACAUCAGUGAAGAUUAUGUGAUUCUGAUGGACUGCACAGUGUCCACUGGGGCUGCCGCCAUGAUGGCUGUACGAGUCCUGCUGGACCAUGAUGUUCAGGAGGACAAGAUCCUACUAGUGUCUUUGCUGAUGGCUGAAAUGGGAGUCCAUUCAGUGGCAUAUGCAUUCCCACAAGUCAAAAUCAUCACCACAGCUGUCGACAAGAAGGUCAACGAUCUCUUCCAUAUCAUACCUGGCAUAGGAAACUUCGGGGAUCGAUACUUUGGAACAGAUGCACCUCCUGACUGGAGCGACGAAGAGAUGGAGGAGCGCAGUUAUUGAUUAAAUUAUUGGCAGUGCACUAACUUUUAUCAGGUGAUUCAGGGCUGUGCCUCUCGGAGGACAAGAUGAGGACAUACUCCUUGUUCCUCUGGGGCUGCAGUGUGUCUGUGUGUCCUUCAAGGGUCAAACAAAGGCACCCUGAAAAAUAAACUGAAAACCAGAGAAAACAUUGCUAAUGUACAGGCACCUUUUUGAAAAUUUAAAUUAUAUUAUUUAAUGCCAUGUAAAUGGUGUGUUUUAUUUGGAAAGUUGUUAUGAAGUCUGAAAUAUUUUUAUAUGUACAGUAUGUUAUAAAGUCUAAAUGUUUUAUUUCUCUGUUUUUAAAUUUCGGUGAUCUCUGUAUAGAAAUUUGCAGAAAUGUCUUGAAAAGAUAUAUCUAGCCUUAAGCCAUGUACUGUGGGUGACGGAGCUAAAUGUGAAUUUGCCCGUGCUGUAACAGGGGAAAAGGGAGGUUUUAAGUUUAUUUUACCACAUAUGGUCCUCACAACUUUCACAACGGUAAAAUUGGAACAUAAACUUGUGUUGCUCAACUUCCAUCGCCAUGAGCACUUUCUAAAGGAGCAUUCAAGCAGAAAAUGUGUAGGUGUAUCUGUCUUUUAUUUAUUUGUUUUUAACUCUCUGGUUCACCUUUUUCCUUCUCUGGGCACUUCACCUAGCCACUUGAAAAAGUUGUUGAAAGCCAUUUUUCAUUUUACAGCUGAAGGUAUGUACAUGUGGUGCGUAUUCCAGCAGCAUAUCCUACAUUAUAUAUUUAAUUUUUACUAUGGAUAAAAGCUGAACAAUGAGGAUGCAAUUCAUACAUCUUUUUUUAUCGCUAUAAAAAUGAGUGCACUUGUGUUUAACAGAUUUAUUUCGGUGUCACGCACCCUGAGUUAUGGCUGUUUUUCCUGCAGUAGGCAGGAUUUAUUAUUUACUAUAUAAAAAAAAGACGAGUUAUGAAUAUAAACUUGGAACAUGUCAAACGUGACCCGUUAGCCCCUGAUCCUUUUAUUUGUAUCAGCGUUGGAACAAAUUACAUCUGUUUGUUGAAGUUGGUACUCAUUUUCCUUCUUCUUUGUGGGGUCAUGUUGACAGCUUCUGAAAUGAGGCUCCACAAUAUUUUUCCACAUGGUUGUGCAAUGACAUACCAGAAGAAAAGAAAUGCAUAUGAAAUGUGUUUUUACUAUCAUUAUCUAGUAACUUGCUCAAUGAGUUGCAUCGAUAUGAUGUUCUACAAGUUCACAAUUUAUAAUUUAUUUUGAAUAAUAGUCAUUUGCUUUACUCAAAAAGGGAAAUGUACAACAUUAAGAGAAAAAACAUUAGCUGUACUGAAAUUGAAGGCUACUGUACAUGUAUUGUUACUGCCUUUUGUUUGUCCUUUGUUUUCCAUUUAGUCACCUGCCACUGUACAACACAUACCACUGGAAGUCACUCAGUACUGACGAUCCAUCGAUUGUUUGCAGCCCUAGCAUUUGACUGCUCUGCGUCUUCUGCUGCAUGUUUUUAUAUAUUUAAUAAUAAAAGUGCAAUGGAGCCUUUAAAAUUCUCUUUAU